AUGGGCCAGUCAUCCUCGGCGGCCGCAAAUUCAAGCCGCCGUGACAGCAACAACCACAGCCAUCGAUCCAAGUCCAAAGCAACGGCCGCGAUCUCCCCGAUGCUGCAGGCCGACGAGGAACGUUCUGGGAUCGUCGACGUGGCGUCCGAUUUAAUCUCCGAUCUUCCCGACGAGUGCUUGGAUUUAAUCUCCGAUCUUCCCGACGAGUGCUUGGCCUGCAUAUUCCAGUUCCUCGGGUCCGGCGACCGGAAACGUUGCUCUCUGGUUUGCCGACGGUGGCUAAGGAUCGAGGGACAGAACUGUCACCGUCUCUCCCUCAACGCCCAAUCGGAUCUCCUCCCCAUCAUCCCUUCCCUCUUCUCCCGCUUCGACGCCGUCACCAAGCUCGCCCUCAAAUGCGACCGCAGAUCCGUCAGCGUCGGCGACGAGGCACUCGUCCUCAUUUCUAUGCGAUGCCGUAACCUCACGCGCCUGAAGAUCCGCGCGUGCCGCGAGUUGACCGAUGCUGGGAUGAUGUCGCUCGCCAAAAACUGCAAAAGGUUGAAGAAGCUGUCGUGCGGGUGGUGCAUGUUCGGAGCCGAAGGAAUGAACGCAGUACUAGACAAUUGCUCGGCGCUCGAAGAAUUAUCGGUGAAGCGGCUCCGUGGCAUCACCGACGGAGCGGCCUCGGAGCCGAUCGGGCCCGGAGUGGCUGCCGCGUCGCUCAAAACGAUUUGCCUGAAAGAACUCUACAAUGGACAGUGCUUCGCGCCCUUGAUAAUGGGCACGAAGAAACUGAGGACUCUGAAGCUCUUCAGGUGCACCGGCGAUUGGGACAAACUUCUGCAAGUGAUAGCGGAGCAAGUGACCUCCAUGGUUGAGAUCCACCUGGAAAAGCUUCAGGUCAGCGAUGUAGGACUGGCCGCCAUCUCCAAUUGCUUGGAUCUGGAGAUUCUGCACCUGGUCAAGAGCCCCGAGUGGACCAAUGUAGGAUUGGUCUCCGUCGCCGAACGCUGCAAGCUGCUAAGGAAGCUUCACAUCGACGGAUGGAAGGCUAAUCGAGUAGGCGACGAGGGUUUAGUCUCGGUGGCAAAGAACUGCUCCAACCUUCAGGAAUUGGUGCUAAUCGGUGUGAAUCCGACCAAAGUGAGCUUGGAGGCAUUGGCUUCCAAUUGCCCCAAUCUCGAAAGGUUGGCAUUGUGCGAAAGCAUCACCGUGGGCGAUGUGGAGAUUUCGUGCAUUGCGGUGAAGUGCGUGGCGUUGAAGAAGCUCUGCAUAAAGAACUGCCCAGUCUCGAACAUCGGCCUCGAGGCAUUGGCCAGUGGUUGCCCUAACAUGGUGAAAGUGAAGCUCAAGAAAUGCAGAGGAGUAACAGCAGAAGGAGCUGAUUGGUUGAGGGCAAGUCGGCCUUUGCUGGCUGUGAAUUUAGAUACAGGUGAAACAAUCCAAGAGGCCGCCAUCGAUAACUCCGAUGUGGCCCACAAUAACUCCGUCGAGUUACCGCCGAUGGCCAUCCAACCGGCGUUUCCGGCCAUUGCCUCAAGCAGUGCAGGGCGGUCGACGUCGUUUAAGUCGAGGUUAGGACUUUUGACCGGGAGGAGGGGUUUUGUGGCUUGCACUCUGAGAAGGUGGUCGUCAAGUCGGAAUAAUAGUUAAGUGUUGUUGAAAUUGAACCGUACAGUUGAUCGUUCAUUUUUUUGCUGCAUUAUUUGGAUUCUGACCUUUUUUAUCUACUUGAUUUCAUGUUUGUGUGCUGUUUAGUGCCUUUUUCUGAAUCCAAUUUUCUUACUAUUUUUUUUA